UGGCAACAGAGGAAGACAACGACAGAAGUACUCUAAAAGAGGGCUUUCCCCAUAAUUAACGUCUCUUAAAGUGAUAACGGUCCGUCUACGACAAUAAAUACAGGCACAGACAUCUCACUAAACCGGACAAACCUCUUGAGCGAGAAGGAAUAUUACAUGACCAGAUUAAAUGGAUAAAACCGGCCGCUCAUUAACGUCUUCAUGUUGUGAAAAUGAAACAAUUGCUUCUAUUCUUCAGUUAAAAUAAUAUAGAAACCAGACACUAGUAGAUUUACGGAAAUCAGCUUCCGCGAUCAGCCUCUUUUUCUAUUCACACUAGCCCCUUGUCAGAGCCACUAUGUACGGUAGUGCCAGAUCCGUGAGCAAAGUGGAGGGCAACCACAGUGGUGGGAGCAAUCAAAGUCCUGGCCGCUCACCUCGUCUUCCUCGGUCACCCCGCCUGGGUCACCGCCGUACCAACAGCACAGGAGGCAGUGGGGCGGGCGCAGGGUCUCCGGGGGGUAAAACCCUCUCCAUGGAGAAUAUCCAGUCCCUCAAUGCUGCUUACGCUACAGCUGGCCCCAUGUACCUGAGCGACAAUGAGGUGGUGAUAUCUGGUCCAGACAUGCCAAAGAGCACUAUGACACUGGGCCGCUCAGCUGGUCGGGUGCCUUAUGGCGUCCGCAUGACUGUCACGGGAAGCAGCCCGAACAUCUCCACCGGGACACCUGGGUCCGUACCCACGGAUGCCAUUGCUUUUGGAGACCACCAUAUGCCUUCCAGCCUGGCUUCCACCGUGCCUCACUCUCUGCGCCAAACGCGGGACAACACCAUCAUGGACCUGCAGGUCCAGCUCAAGGAGGUGCUCAGGGAGAAUGAGGUCCUGCGGAAGGAGGUGGACGUGAAGGAGAGCAAGCUCAGCUCCUCCAUGAACUCCAUCAAGACCUUCUGGAGCCCAGAGCUGAAAAAGGAGCGCGCUCUACGCAAAGAUGAAGCAUCGAAGAUUGCUGUUUGGAAGGAGCAGUAUAGAGUUGUGCAGGACGAGAAUCAGCAUCAUCAGAUGACUAUCCAGGCUCUGCAGGAUGAGCUUCGUAUCCAGCGUGAUCUGAACCAGCUGUUUCAGCAGGACUCCAGCAUUCGUCCUGGCGAGCCCGUGGGCGCUGAGCUGACCGAGGAGAACUUCCAGAGGCUGCACAGCGAGCAUGAGCGGCAAGCUAAGGAGCUCUUCCUCCUGAGGAAGACUCUUGAAGAGAUGGAGCUCCGCAUUGACACGCAGAAACAGACGCUCAACGCCCGUGACGAAUCCAUCAAGAAGCUACUGGAGAUGUUGCAGAGCAAAGGGUUGUCGGGCAAAGCCAACGAGGAGGACCAUGAACGUACAAGAAGGCUGGCGGAUGCCGAGAUGCACAUCCAUCAUCUGGAAAGCCUUAUGGAGCAGAGGGAGAAGGAAAUGGCUUUGCUCAGGGAGGACUUACACAGACGAUACGAGGGGGCACCAGAAUCUGCCAAAACCAAGGCCUUGCAGACUGUCAUUGAGAUGAAGGACUCUAAAAUCAGCUCUCUAGAGCGUGGUCUGAGAGACCUGGAGGACGAGAUUCAGAUGCUGAAGUCAAACGGAGCUCUCAGCACAGAGGAGAGAGAGGAGGAGAUGAAACAGAUGGAGGCCUACCGUAGUCACUCCAAAUUCAUGAAAAAUAAGGUAGAGCAACUGAAAGAGGAACUGGCACAGAGUGAAGCACAGGUUGAGGAGCUGAAAAACCGGGCGGCUGAGCAGCAGAAAGAGAUUGACCAGGUGAAACAGGACCUGUCCAGGAAGGACACAGAAAGGUUGGGCUUGCAGACCAAACUUGAGACACUCACCAAUCAGUUUUCAGACAGCAAACAGCACAUUGAUGUACUCAAAGAGUCUCUCACUGCCAAAGAACAGCGUGCUGCCAUCCUGCAGACUGAGGUUGAUGCUCUUCGUUUACGUCUGGAAGAGAAAGACACCAUGCUUAAUAAAAAGAGUAAACAGAUUCAGGAAAUCUCAGAAGAGAAAGGCACGCUUAGUGGAGAGAUCCAUGAUCUCAAAGACAUGCUUGACGUCAAGGAACGCAAGGUCAACGUGCUGCAAAAAAAGAUUGAGAAUCUUCAGGAACAGCUGAAAGAUAAGGAGAAGCAGAUGACCAAUUUGAAGGAUCGUGUCAAAUCCCUGCAGGCCGACACUUCAAACACGGAUACGGCCCUCACCACGCUGGAGGAGGCCCUUGCGGAGAAGGAGAGCAUUAUUGAGCGUCUGAAGGAGCAGAGGGAUAGAGACGAGAGAGAGAAGAACGAAGAACUGGAGAGUAACAAGAAAGAACUGAAAGAGCUGAAAGAGAAAGUCAGCUUACUGCAGGGAGAUCUUUCAGAUCGCGAGGGCUCCCUAUUGGACCUAAAGGAGCACGCCUCAUCGCUGGCCUCCUUUGGACUGAAGAAGGACUCUAAGUUAAAGAGUCUUGAAAUCGCUCUUGAGCAGAAGAAAGAGGAGUGCACCAAACAUGAGAGUCAACUCAAGAAGGCUCAGUUGGCUGUGGUCGAGGCCCAGGCAAACACAGGGCUGUCAGAGCGCAUUACUACACUUGAGCUGGAGGUAGCGCACUACAUGGAGGAUUCUGGGAAGGCCCAGGCAGAAGUGGAUCGGCUGCUGGAGAUCCUCAGAGAGAUGGAGAAUGAAAAGAACGACAAGGACCGCAAGAUCAGCGAGCUAGAGAGUUUGGCUUCAAGGCAGAUGAAAGACCAAAGCAAGAAAGUGGCCAACCUGAAGCACAAGGAGCAGGUGGAGAAAAACAAGAAUGCUCAGCUUAUGGAAGAGGCUCGGAAACGAGAGGACAACAUCAGCGAGAGCUCUCAACAGGUCAUGGAUUCUCUGCAGCAUAAAGACGAGCGAAUUGAGGAGCUGGAGGAGGCCUUGCGUGAGAGUGUGCAGAUCACGGCUGAGAGAGAGAUGGUGCUCGCACAAGAGGAAUCUGUUCGAGCACACACUGAGAAACAGAUGGAGGAGCUUCUGGCCGCUAUGGAAAAGGUGAAGCAGGAGUUGGAGUCCAUGAAGGCCAGGUUGUCAUCCACUCAGCAGUCCCUGGCUGAGAAGGAGGCCCACCUGACCACACUGAGGGCGGAGCGCAGGAAGCACCUGGAGGAGGUUCUAGAGAUGAAGCAGGAGGCGUUGUUGGCAGCCAUCAGUGAGAAAGACGCCAACAUUGCACUUCUGGAGUUGUCAGCAUCAAAGAAAAAGAAGACACAAGACGAGGUGGCUCUUUUGAAGAGAGAGAAAGAUCGACUGGUACAACAGCUCAAACAGCAGACGCAGAACCGCAUGAAGUUAAUGGCUGAUAACUACGAGGAUGACCACCUCAAGGCCUCCGAUUCUGACCAGGCCAAUCACAAAGCUUCUCCAGAUCAGAUUAUACCCCCACUAAUAGACCUCAAUCAGAACCGCAGUAAACUGAAACUGUACAUCGGCCACCUCACGGCCCUCUGCCAUGAGAGAGACCCCCACAUCCUGCAGGACCUGGCCCCACCCUCCGCAUACCACCGCAGCCAACAGGAUGCCUGGGAGGAGGAGCUUCAGAAGAUGAGUCCUGAUCAGCUAGAGUCAGAGCUGGAGCAGUGUGAGAGGGAGAGUGCAGAACUGCAGGAAUAUGCGAACUCCGUCCUGCAGCAGAUCGCCGACCACUGCCCCGACAUCCUGGAACAGGUCGUGAACGCACUAGAAGAGUCAUGCUGACCAGACCUCACCACGUAGAGCCAAGCCCUGCCUCCUCUCUUCCUCUGUCUCUCCCUUUCUUCUACCUGUUUCUCACUUUAUUUUUCAGCCUACGGAUGCCAGCACAAAAACACAAACUCUCUAACUCAAAUGCACCAUCACAGUUCAAAGAACAUAACGAGCGAGAAAAGACACAUUUACUGGACAGACUGAAGUGAAGUGCACGCUUGAAUUGCUAUGCCGCUUUUCAAGUCCCUUCCCCUUUGCACCUUUAUGAUCCUGUUUACACAUUGUUAACACAAUGGGAAGAAGAAACCGAAGACAGCGGGGAUGCAAGAGGCAGUAAAGCUCAGUAUUACAAGACGUCCACCUAUUUGCGUUCUUUUUGACAUCUGUCUUCUGUCUCACAAUAGCGUCUGGCAGAAGCUGGAGUUCUCUCUGUGAGGGAUGGGAAAUAGGCUCCUUAUCUUGAUAUACACAAUUGCCACAGAGUUUAAAAGCUGCAGAUGCAGGAUUUUGAAACCGUUUUAAGCAAUUUCGAUAUUUUUUCUCACUGGCAUUUUUUGUAGCUGAAGUUAAAUUAUGGGUCAUUCGAGCAAGGCAAAACUCCUGCACUCUCGAAACCCAUCUGGUUUCACUCAAAAGCUUGGUUAAUGCUCCAGUUGUGCCAGCAAAUGGUCCUCCCGGACUGAAACAUACUUUUACUAUCAUAGUCAGUAGCGGGUUAAAAUUACUGCAACCCCCCCUCACCAUCUGGGAAUUUACUAUUGACUUGGUUAUUGCCCAAUUUGCUCCAAAGUCAAUUCGUAAACUUAUGAAAAGGACAAUAUGGGUAAUGUUAUCCUAUA